AACUUAGCAACGUAAAAAAAAUGAAACGUAAAAUAUGCGGUAAAAAGGGAGACGGCUAUGUUCGGACAUUUGGGUCUAGACCCGUUGAGUGGGCGGCCUCUGAAAGUGGCCCCCAAUGGGAGGGAGAGUACGGAACAAAGUUAACAAAAGAACGUGGCUUAUCAUUACCUAAGACGCUAAAAGACAUCUUCGUAGAUCUUGCUCGAAAGGUGAAUUUUCGUGAGGAUAAAAUCCGUCAAAUAAGUGUUCCCGGGUUUGUUCAUGCAGGUGCCGUCUUAAUUAAGACGCGAAUAGACUGUCCCAAAGGAUACGUAUGUCGAUAUGUCAGAGAGGAACCUUAUGAAAUUUAUGCUGAUGUUUCUCAAUUCAAUAAAACAUUAGAUGCAUUGAUGGAGAUUCUUCAUACGAUGGAGAUUAUUAAUAGUUCAUCAAAUGAUGAUAAUAUUACCAGGUGGAAAAAUAGAGGAAAUUUUCAAAAGAUUGAAAUACCUGACUGCCAUUACACACCUAAGAAGAAGUGA